AUGAGUUCGAAACCAGGAGCUGUGGACAGUAUCGUCAAUAAUAUCACCAACUACCGGCGACGCGAAGAGCAACAACGACGACGACAAGAGGCUCCAGAAGCUGCCGUGGUGCAAAUCCAAGAGCAGUGUACAGAAUGCGAUGCCAUAAUACCUGCGGGCUCCGCAGACGAUUGGACAGCACACUACAACGAGAAGCAUGCUCUCGAGUCUGGUGGUGAUCCAGACAGCAUAGCCAAACGAAAACUUUUGAUACAAAACCAUUUAUCCAAAAAUAGUUCCCGGGGAGCGCCGUCCCGGGGAGCGCCGCCCCAGGCCACUCGCGACUCUCAGCCUGGUCCGAAGCUGCCCCAGACCCCGGCCGACAAUAACUCCAAUCAACCGCCUCGACCGACAACUUCCGGACUGGAACGACCACUCAAAAGUCCCGGCUCUACUCGAUCCCUGAAGCGCGACGCUGACGAGAAAGCCGCCCCCCCUAAACGAUCACGGGCUCGAGUACCUACACAGACAAUCGGCAACCGGAAUCCGGACGAGGAGUUUCGGAGAGAACCCACGCAGAAGUCCGGCAAGCUCUGGAACCCCGACGAUGAUCCACCUUCCCGGCGAGGUUCGAAGCAGAGGGACGGGGGGAGCGCCGAGGGCUCCGGCACCCCAGGUCCGGCCCGUACCUUUGAACCUCGGCCCGCGGAGCCCGAUAAUACUGAACUUAUGAUCAAGCAACCGGAGACGCGCCCGAUCAGCCAAGAACAGCUGGUCGCCGAAGUGAAGGGUAUCUAUGCUGGACUCGUCAUGGUAGAAAGCAAGUGUAUCGAGGUCGACAACGCGCAGAGUUCGACUUCCGAGGACUCUGGUCCAAAAUUAAACAACGAACAGUGGCAGGCGUUGAUUGCACUUCACCGAACUUUACUUCAUGAGCAUCACGACUUUUUCCUUGCUUCCCAGCACCCUUCUGCAAGUCCUGCUUUACGUCGUCUAGCUUCCAAGUACGCCAUGCCUGCGCGAAUAAUGGCGAUAGAGGAUGACGACAUUAAGGAUCGCGAGGUCUGGACUGCAGUGAGCCGCCAUUGGUACAGCAAGGCUAGUGAUAAGGCCCCCACAACCGGCCGUUUGUAUCACCACCUCGCAAUUCUUGCCCGCCCCAACGCUCUGCAGCAGUUGUUUUACUACACCAAGUCGCUUUGUGUAUCCAUUCCCUUCUUGUCUGCCAGGGAAUCCAUCAUGACUCUCUUCGAGCCCCAUCUAUCGGGAGCAGAGACGAGAAUUCCCGAGAUCGACGCCGCGUUCAUACGAGCUCAUGUCGAUGAGUUCAUCGGGAAACUCGACAACCACAUUAGCAGGACGACAGAACGAUGGAUGAAGAACGGAUAUCACAUCGGCAUUGCUCAGGGAUGCGCUCUUCUCGAGUACGGCAGUGAGAGUAACGUCAUCAUGCGCCACAUCAAGUCGGGCAAAGCGGGUGAUGCCGAUGUUGUCAUGGAGGGCACAGAGGCUGGCCCAAGCAAGAAAUUCCUUGAUGCACUGGACUUCACAGCUCGCACGCAGGAUGUGAUUCUCCGCCGUGUCGGCGACCCGAACGUCGCCACCUACGUUCACGUUACCCUUUCCUUCCUCGAUCACAUGUCAAAAUACCCGUCUGCCAUGUCUUAUAUUGAGGAGAAGAUGGAAUGGAAGCGCAUGGCGCUUUUACUAAAUACGUUGCUCGACCGCUGUGCUUCCCCCGAGAUGGUCGAUUCGGACGCCUUUCCGCGGCCAGAAGAUCCACCACGUCCUCUACCGGAUGAUUUUGCGCAGCGGGGCUUGCUAUGGGUGGAUAAGUAUUAUCCGGACAACUGGUUCACCGCUGCCAAAAUUGACGAUGAGGAUAAGUAUUUUGAGGUAGCUUCAAUGGAGGAGGAGCGCCGGGUCAGGUGUCUUUGGCUCGGCCGCCGGUUGGCUUCAUCCAACAAGUGGUUGACGUAUGACGAGGAGGCGAGGCAGUUCUGGGUGGUGGCAAAGUAUGACCACAACUUUCCCGAGGCACCUCCCCGGAAGGAUGAAAGCAGACCCGAUGGCGACGGCGAUUUGGGCAUUCCCGAUGCGCCAGUAGUACAUACAUGA